AUGGCUCCGUCCCGGAGGGAAUGCAGAUGGGAGAUGCUCUUUCUGUCAGGAUGCCUGCUCUUGGCCGCCUGGGGAUUUCAACCUGCGCUAUCGAAGGUCUGCAACGACUACUCGCGACAUGGCCAGGACAACACCUGGUACAUGAGGGACGGCGAGAACUUGCCCAUUAUGGUCCUGAUGCCAAUGAACGAGUCUGCGCUGAUGAGCAGCAUAAGUCAGGGCAUCGAGCCCGCUGUUCAGCUGGCCAUUCAGCACAUACGCGAGUCCAGGCAGUACUCGUUCUCACUCAUCACCAAAAUCUACGAUACUGAGUGUGACAACGCAAAGGGCCUGAGAGCCUUCUUCGAUGCAAUAUGCUACGGUCCGAAGCAUUUAAUGAUCUUUGGUGGGGUGUGUCCCUCUGUGACCUCUAUCAUCGCGGAGUCUCUGGAGGGGUGGAACCUCGUACAGCUGUCCUUCGCAGCCACCACGCCUGUUUUGGCAGACAAGAAGAAAUACCCAAAUUUCUUUCGGACUGUGCCCUCAGACAACGCCGUUAACCCGGCUGUGGUAAAGUUCCUCAACUAUUACAACUGGAGUCGGGUGGGAACCUUAACCCAGGACGUGCAGCGGUUCUCCGAGGUGCGAAAUGACCUGACCAAUGAGUUGGAGAAAGCAGACAUCCAGAUUGCAGAUACUGAGAGCUUCUCCAACGACCCCUGCGUCAACGUGAAGAAGUUGAAGGAUAAUGACGUAAGGAUCAUUAUUGGCCAGUUUGACGAGAACCUUGCCUCCAAAGUCUUCUGCUGUGCAUACAACCUCAACAUGUAUGGUAGUAAGUACCAGUGGAUCAUUCCAGGAUGGUACCAGGGAAAUUGGUGGGAACAGGCCAAUUCCACUAACUGUACCACCAAGAAGCUGUUGACUGCCAUGGAGGGAUACAUCAGUGUGGACUUUGAGCCUCUUAGCGCCAAACAGAUCAAAGGCAUAUCGGGAAGGACGCCACAGGAAUAUGAGAGAGAGUAUAGCAGGGAGCGGGAGCAGAAAGGUGUGGAACCCAGCAAAUUCCAUGGCUUUGCCUACGACGGCAUCUGGGUCAUCGCCAAGACCCUCAACCGAGUCAUGGAACUGCUAAGGCACAAGGAGAGGCACGACAUCUACCGAAAUUUUACCGUGGAUGACCACGAAGUGGGCAAGAUGGUCCUGGACGUGAUGAACGAAACCAACUUCUUCGGAGUGACGGGUCAGGUGAUGUUUCGGAAUGGCGAGCGCAUGGGGACCAUCAAAUUCACUCAGUUUCAAGAGGGCCAAGAGGUGAAGGUGGGAGAGUACAAUGCUAUUGCAGAUAUACUGGACCUUAUCAACGACACCAUCAGAUUCCAAGGGCUGGAACCCCCUAAGGACAGGACGUUUGUACGGCUCCAGCGUCGCCAUAUCAAUGUUCCCCUCUACAGUAUUUUAUCAACCAUCACUAUACUGGGAAUGCUCAUGGCAGGAGCUUUUCUGUUCUUCAACAUCAAAAAUCGCAACCACAGACUCAUCAAAAUGUCCAGUCCUUACAUGAACAACCUGAUCAUUCUUGGAGGAAUGCUCUCCUACGCCUCCAUUUUCUUGUUUGGCCUCGACGGAUCCUUCGUGUCCGAUAAAGAGUUUGAGACCCUCUGCACCGUCCGCACCUGGAUCCUUAUCGUCGGUUACACCACGGCAUUCGGCGCGAUGUUCGCCAAGACCUGGAGAGUGCACGCCAUCUUCAAGAACGUAAAGAUGAAGAAAAAGAUUAUCAAAGACCAGAAGCUACUUAUCAUUGUGGGUGGGAUGCUGCUGAUUGAUUUGUGCAUCCUCAUAUGCUGGCAGAUCGUGGAUCCGCUGAAGAGAACAGUGGAAGAGUACAGUUUGGAGGCAGAUCCACAGGGACGAGACAUUGCUAUCCGGCCUUUUCUGGAACACUGUGAGAACACGCACAUGACCAUUUGGCUGGGCAUCGUCUAUGCCUACAAAGGACUCCUUAUGUUGUUUGGCUGUUUCUUGGCAUGGGAAACGAGGAACGUAAGCAUUCCGGCGCUAAACGACAGCAAGUACAUCGGCAUGAGCGUGUACAACGUGGGAAUCAUGUGCAUCAUCGGCGCCGCCGUGUCUUUCCUAACCCGCGACCAGCCCAACGUGCAGUUCUGCAUCGUGGCGUUAGUCAUUAUCUUCUGCAGCACCAUCACUCUCUGUCUGGUGUUUGUACCGAAGUUGAUCACAAUGAGAACCAACCCGGACGCGGCCACACAGAACCGGAGGUUAAAGUUCACCCAGAACCAGAAGAAGGAGGACUCCAAGACCUCCACUUCAGUGACCAGUGUCAACCAGACAAACACGAGCCGCUUGGACAGCCUACAGACAGACAACCACCGUCUGAGAAUGAGGAUCACGGAGCUGGACAAAGACCUAGAGGAGGUCACCAUGCAGUUGCAGGACACUCCAGAGAAGACUCCCUACAUCAAGCAGAAUCACUAUCAAGACAUCAACAAUAUCCUGAGUAUAAGAAAUUUCACAGAUGGCAAAGAUGGAGAGAAAACAGUCCUGAGGAAUCAUCUGGAACAAAAACCACAGGCACAGUGGGGUUCCAUGGAUCCCUCUCGAAUAAACAGAGGUCCAUUGGAAGACAUCAACUCACCAGAGCACAUACAGCGUCGGCUGUCCUUGCAGCUGCCCAUCCUUCACCACGCCUAUUUACCCUCCAUAGGAGGGGUGGAUGCUAGCUGCAGCAGCCCCACCGGAAGUCCGGCCUCCAGCCCGCGCCACAGACACAUGCCCCCGUCCUACAGGGUCAUGGUCUCCGGCCUGUGA